CCUGCGGAUAUCGUUGGGGUGUGAGAAGGAAUGCGGCUGCGCAAAGGGUCACGUGUUCACCGUAUCCGCCCACACAGGAGAUGUUGCCAUGGAUGUACGCUGGUCCAUUGUCUUCGUGUUUGACGAAGCUUUGAGACUUAGGUACGAGGCAUUCCACAAAAAUGGUGCCGUCCUGAUGAGUCUGUGCUACGUGCCUGCUUUCGAGAUGGAGCGGUGGAGGCGAGAAGGAGGCCUGGUGAAGAUCUGCGAAAUGAUCCUGCCAAGCGGGGAUGUUUUCAAAGCAUUUACAAAGAUCGCACCGCAGGGAGAAGUGGAACGAGAAGCCAGAACCUACAACAGCUGGGUGGUGACAUUGUUGAAAGAACUGAAGAUACAUGUGCCCAUUGACGUACAGUGCAUUGCUGGACUGCGCUUCAAAGCCAUGAAUGCGGCUAUGUCGGAGGAGUUUCUUAAAGAAGUGAUCAAGGAUCUGCGCUUCGUAUUCAAGGACAAUGGCAUAAACGCAGAGCCACAAAAGCCUUGUGCCACCGAUGUACAGAGCGAAAGCAGCGACGAAACAAUUAAAGGAGUGGCCACCAUUUCCAAAGGAAAGAGCACCGCCCAGUGCCGGAACGAGCGCCAUGACUCAUCGCAGCUGGCCGUCUUGCCGCGCGAGAACCAAGAUCUGCCUUUCCGGCCCUGCUGAGGCUGAGGUCUCCAGACCACCAACGCUACUUCACAGUUUG